AUGCCUGUAAAGUUUGAAAAAUUACACAACGCAAAGCAAUUAAUCAAAGCUCAUCUUGAAAAUCCUCAUUGGGAUAACACAAAAGAUCAGGCAAAAUCCCAAGAAGAAGAAUCCUGAAUAAAAGACCCCAUUAAGAUGACCAAAACUAGUUCAAAUUUUGCUCCAAAAAGACAGAUCCGCAAAAGAAGAAAUAUGCACAUUUCAAAAUUACAAAAGUCCAAUACGCUUCAAAAUUUCUACACACACGAGCCUGAAUCAGGUUGGGUUACAAAGAAGAGGAACCCAAGGGAACUUCAUGAAAGGGUAAAGGAGAAAUAUCUCAAAACUAAGAAGUUCAGAAUCAGAGGUGGUCAUCUAUCGAAACAGGAAAGGGAAAUUUACCUCAGUACUAUCAAAAGCUCAGCCCUCAAGAAGGAAUAUGACAGCCUGCAUGAGAGGAUCAAUACCAUUGAAGAAAGAAACCAGGACACCGAGCACAAAUACAGGCAGCUCAAUAGUGACCUCAAGGAGGUCAGAGAGUUUGUCAAGAUUAAAAAUGACAUGAUCGAAAUGAACGAGAAGCUGUACCUUAACAAAAGAGAGUGCAAAAACCUUGAUCAAGACUGGGACAUAGCAUAUCACAUUCUUAAACUCAAGGAUGAUAAAUACAAGAACUACCUUAAGCGAAAGCGUGCCAAAGAGAAAAAGGAAAUGCAAGACAAAAUACCAAAAAUACCAGACAAAGCUAAGAUAUUAGAGGAAGAAAGGAAAAAGAAGCAAUACCAACAAGAAAUGAACAUCUUGCUUGAAAGGCAUAAACAAGAGUUGCUGCAAGAGUCGAGGAACAGAAAACAAAGGACCUUGAAAACCACUAAAGAUGUUGCUCCACUGAUAGAAAUAAGUGAAAUUGAUUACCUAGAGGGUGUCAAAGAAGAAAUGAAACUCAAGAAUAAAGCCAAUACUAUGGUUGAGACAAAAUUUACUCUAGAUUCCUUAAAAUUUCAAAGGAAAGAAGAAGAUAGGCUAGCUCAAGAGUACUUACUGAAAAAGAAAGCACUUGAAUAUAUUAAAUCAAAUAGAUCUGAAAUUUUUACGUCUGCUUCUAGAAGGACCAUGAUUUAUAAGCCACCGGAAGUGAAGAACCCUCAGCCUCUCUUAAUAUCUAACAAAAGUUAUUCUGCCUUUGAUGAAGAAAACCAAUUGAGCACGAAAGAGCCUCCUGUCAGAGACUUUAUUAGGCUAAACAAGCAUUUGUUGCCUAAUACUCUCAAAUCCAUUGAUGAGCUUUAUCCUCCUCCUUCAUCACAAAACCUGAAUGUUCUUUCAGAGAAACAUGGGUUCACUAGAGAAGAGAUUCUUAAGUUCUACGUACUGUAUAAAACAUUAUGUAAACUAACAGUGACAUUCACUAAAGAUACAGAGGUGCGAGGAGUUUGUUUCGAGAUAUUCAUCAAUGGCAUCAGUGAGUUAUCCCUUGAAAACAAAGACUUGAUCAAGAGGAUCUUUGAUAAAGCCAAUGUCAAUAAGAAAUUGAGGCCGAAAAAUGACUUCAACACACCUUGGUAAGCCUCAUUUGAAUGUUUUAGAGAUGCAUACCUUGACUGGGAAGAGUUUCUGACUUGAAUGAAGACUAUCUUCACAGAUGACCUUGCAGUCAAAAUCGAACUUUUCUUUGACAUCGUCGAUAGUGAUGGCAAUGGCUCGCUUGACCGUGAUGAAGUUCGUGAAAUCUGAGAAUUAUCUCUGGUAAGAAUAAAAAAUUAUAGCUUAGUUCGAAGCAUCUGAAGAGACAAAGACCAGAGAGGAAGUUGCGGAUUACUUUACAACUUUUCUGUUCAAAAUCUUUGACCUUAAUGAAGAAGAAGAUGAAAUUCCUUUAUCAAUGAUAAGGUACUGUCUUUUUAAUUUCUAGAGAGGAAAUUUUUAAACCUAACAGUCCUCACAAGUAUCUCUUAUGCAUGUUUUGUAAUGCAGAAAAUAUUGUGAACAAGAAGAAAUCUAACACAAAGGAGAAGACUUAAAACAGAUCAACCAUAUAAUCCCCUUAUAUCUUAUCAACAAUUG